UCUUUGUUCUCCAUAAAGCAAACUUUAGAGAUUUAUCAUGUCUUUAACACUCACCCAUUGCAAGUUAUAGGGAGACCUAUGGAGGUAAACUUCACUGACAACAUCAUACGUACUUGAUCAAUUUAAUCAAUUAUAAUUACCCAGUAGAAGAGAAUAAUGACACAUCAAUAUCCACCAUAAAUUUUGUAUUAAUUUUCACAUUUUUUUCUUUUUAACUCUACACAGGACCAAAUACUGAUGGAUAUUAAGAACUAUCACCAACAGACACCAUUUAUUCUAUCUCUUUUGGAAGGCCAUCUUGGAAUGGUUCAUAUGUUCGUAUCAAAAGGGGUAGAUGUCAAUGCAGUUGAUAAAGAUGGUAAUAACUGUCUUCAUCAUGUAUUGAAAAGAGAGAUAUUUCACUCUGAAAGUGAACACAUGGAUGUCCUAGAUGAGAUUUGCUCUCACCUCAGCUUGAACAACGAAGACAGACUAUCUGCUGUUGCUGUAGCUUGUUAUUUAGCAGAGCAAGGAGCAAAUUUUCAUCACAAAAACAAAAAAAAUAGGACCCCUCUUGACAUCAUUGAUGAUUCGAAUUUAAAAGAGAAACUCAACAGAUUUGUGUCCACUCGUCUGCAAUGUUUAUUGUGCAAAGAUAACCAGGCCACUGUAAAAUUCUAUCCGUGCAAACAUACAGUAACAUGUUCGAAUUGCUAUUCCAAAAACAGGCUUAAAAAUUGUAUCCAGUGCCAACAUCCUAUAACCAGCAAGAGUGGAUUUGAGUGUCAAAAACUUGAAGAACGGGACCUCAUGAUGAUUAGCAAAUUGUUGGGAAGAAAAUGGUGGCAAGUAGGUAUCUUCUUAGGAAUCAAAGUUGUUGAACUGGAAAUUAUCAGAGGUGAUUGUCCACUUGAAAUUAUACAUCAAAGUUUCCAAAUGUUACACAAAUGGUUAAAUCGUAGUGCAACUGGGGAAUGCACAGUUAACCUCCUAAGAAAAGUUCUUGAAGAAGCUGAAUGUUUUGAUGCACUUGAUUACCUUCAGAAAAAUCAGGAAUUUCAAUGUAAUUGCUGAUUAUGAGUGUGUAUUUUAACUUAGAAUGGAGGAGUGUGAGGGAGAAAGAUAAACUUUAAAAAUAAAGAUAAACAUUUAUAUCCUGCAGUGUAAUGUUGAUAUAAGUACCUUUUCUAACACUUCUAUAGAUCACUUUCCUCUGUUUAGUCAAGAUUCAAAACCCAGUCCACACACCUGUUGCUUGUCAGAUGAAUGUCUGAUCCUUUGUCUUUUAUCUCUAUGUUGGGAAAUAAAUGAGAAACACCUGCCGGCCCCACCCCUCCAGAUCAAUUUAUUGUUUUAGGUCUGACCUACUGUCCGAACCUUAUAUAACCAAUUGAAAAGUUUGCUUCAACAUCUUUGGUUUUCAACCAGCUAACUGAGAGCAUAUCUAUCCUUGCACUUUUCAGUCGUCUGACAAAGAGCAUUAGCUGAAUGGAAAGGGACAACGCAAUUUUGACCCUUUGUUCCUCUUUGUCAGCAGACCAUAACUUGGCUUACACACACAGCUUCCAACACACACUAAGAGAGCACGAACAACACAUUAUACCAUUGUCAUCUAUACAACUACUACUAUGUCUGUGAUACUAACCACUGCCAGCUAAUAAAUCUGUAAAUAUCGUU